GGACAUCUUCUGGCCUGUACACAGCUUGUCUUCUUCAUCACCUACUCUGAGGACACAAAGCCCGAGAUGGGAUUUCGUUCCCAUGCCUUCACCUCUCUGUUUCUUCAUGCCCUGCUCCUGUGCUGCUUGUCAUUGGAGCAAGCAAGAGCAGCACAAUUCUACAAUGUCAGCGGUUUGAAAGGCAGGAAGCAAGUGAGUGGGUGCAAUUUUUUCCAAGGCCAGUGGGUGUUUGAUGCGUCUUAUCCUCUCUACGACUCUUCAAGCUGCCCCUUCAUAGAUGCAGAGUUUGAUUGCCAAAAGUAUGGCAGACCCGACAAGCAGUACCUCAAGUACGCUUGGAAACCCAACUCUUGUGACCUACCCAGGUUUGACGGAGGGGAGUUUCUGAGGAGGUGGAGAGGGAAGAAGAUAAUGUUUGUGGGUGACUCGCUGAGUCUGAACUCGUGGGAAUCGUUAUCGUGUUUGAUUCACGCGUCGGUGCCCAACAUCAAAGCCUCUGUUGCGAGGCGAGACACACUGUCCUACGUGUCCUUCCAGGUCGUCACACAACACAGAACAACAACACAAACGCAAUCAAGCAAUGACGAACAAAAACGCAGCACUGUUUUUGAGGAUUACAGUUUUACUUUGCUUCUAUACCGCACACCAUACCUUGUAGAUCUAGAAAAAGAAAGCGUGGGUCGCGUGCUAAACCUGGACUCAAUCAAGGGUGGAAAUACGUGGAAAGAGGUGGACGUGCUGAUCUUCAACACGUGGCACUGGUGGACCCACACAGGAAAAUCCCAACCGUGGGAUUAUAUACGAGAGGGGAGUAACUUGUAUGAGGAUAUGGACCGUCUCACAGCAUUCUCUAAGGGUCUGACCACAUGGGCCAACUGGGUUGACAACAACAUUGAUCCCACCAAAACUAAGGUCUUCUUUCAGGGCAUCUCUCCCACCCAUUAUUUGGGCAAGGAGUGGAAUAUGCCAAAAAAGAACUGUAAAGGAGAAGUUCAACCCCUGCCAGGGUCAUCCUAUCCAGCAGGUGCACCUCCAGCAACUGCAGUGGUGAACAAUGUGUUGAGCAAGAUAAAGAAUCCCGUUUACUUGCUUGACAUAACAACACUCUCACAGUUGAGAAAAGACGGGCACCCUUCCUCUUAUAGUGGUAAUCAUCCGGGCAAUGACUGCAGCCACUGGUGCCUGCCCGGACUGCCCGAUACUUGGAACCAGCUCUUCUAUGCUGCCAUCAUGUGAAGGCUAACACACAGACAACGCAACAAUCUUAACUCUUUUCAAAUCAUUGGUUUGUAGAUUUAGAAAGGUACUUGAAUUUCAUAAUAAAGGGAGGAAAGGUCAAUUGUAAAGUAAUUGAUUGUUUCAACCACACACUAAUUUGCUUUGAAAUGAUAUAGAAGAAAAGAUUGGAGAUAGAGAUGAAGGUUGCAUUGUAUGAGAUUAGGAAAGAACUCAGAGACAAGAAAAGAUAUUUGCUAUUGUGUUGUUAUCCACUAUUUCAAUAGUACAAUUCAAUAAUUAUGG